GUUGUACCUAAUUAACUAUAAAUAGAUCUUGAUGUAGAAAAAGUAAAUCACAAUUGUAGAUAAUACUUCCAGUGUACCUACUCUUUAAUUUAUUACGAAGAUACAAAUUAUAAAAAUAUGUGAGUAUCACUAGCGAUAACUACCAAACAGCUUUGUGUGUUUUGCAUAUCAUAGGUUGACACAACAAGGAGACUAAAUAAUAAUAAUCUUUUCUUGUUGUAAUUAUUAUUAAUUAGAAGCUAAAUUUGAUCUGAAGAGAAAAGAGAAAAAUCUAUGCCGGCAUGUCGUUAUGGUUCUGUUAUUAACAGAUAAGAUGAGAUAACAUUAUUAUCACCUUUGUAUAUAUUUUGUACCGUAGUAGCACAGUUGUCCGCAACACGGUUCAAACAAAAACAAUGUCUAUCAAAAGUCAAAAUACGUACUAAAUAUUUCUCUACUAAAAUAUAGUUCGAAGUAAAUGUUUUUCGGAGUAAUUAUUUUUUAGCAGCGAUUUUUUUCUGAUUAUAUAUCAUUACAAUAAAAUAUUUUCGUACCUACUUUAAAUACGUCCCCGCUAAAAAUCUGUAAAUGAUAGGUAUCUGAUAAGAGUUAAAUAUUUAAAAAUAAUAAUUAAGGACUAUCGUGUUGUGUUAACUAUUGUGUUGGUAUGUAACCAAUGAAAUUGACAAACAGGCUAAUCAAUCAUUAGGUAUUUAAUGUUAUUUGAUAAAAAAAAGUAAACGUUGAAAACAAAUUGUAAUUCGAGAUUAAUUAAUUUGUUGAACAGGGAUUACUGUAACCACUGAAUUAAUAAAUACAUCAUUUCGACUAUAUUAAUCGUUUUGUGUACGUGUUUGUACUACUUCCUAAAACCUAAGAUUUGGUAAAAAUUACUAUAACAGCUGCUGUUUUCUUGAGGUGAAAUGGUAAGUAAAUAUUUACAUAUUAUGUUAUUUUAUUUUUUAAUUUUGACUUUUACUAAGGAUGUUUGUGGUAAUUAUAUACCUAUAUUCAUUUUGAAUCAUUUUCAUUGAAAUAAUGCGUAUUAGGUAUAAUAUUUUAAGAUUUUCAAUAUGGUAGAAAAUGGCCAAUUACUGAGUAGUAUAAAUGUACAAUAUCAGAGGUGGUUGGAUAAAUAAAAUUAAUUUGUGUUUUACUAUUGACACAUUGACAGAUACUUGUAAUAUAAUUUUUACUGUUAUAGGUAUUAGUAGUGCUAUAUCUACAUACAAAAACUAUGUACAUUGUCAGUGUGGACUGUUGUAAUGUAGCAGUCCACUGUUUUCUAUGAUUUGAUACCAUUGAAAAGAUUACUGCUUCAGCAGUGUUGAUGUAAUAUGACAUUUUACAUAUUACUACUAUAGCAAUAAUGUCUGUCAAUGUGUUAAUUUAAAACUGUAUUAAUCUCAUCUUAACUACACUCAUUUAUUACCCUAUAUUUCUAUUUACUGCACAACAUAUUGUACAAUAGUAUGGCAUGCAUUGUUGGUUUCACCAUGUUUCAUAUUAUGUUACACAAAUUUGACUUUAUAUUCAUGAAAAAAUAUUUCCGUACUUCUCUACUUUACCAGCUUUAUCCUCAUCCAUUGUAAUUGUUGUAUAAGUACUCUUGUUUUAUUUCUAUUUAUCAAAUAUUCAUAUUUAAUUCUUCCUAGUGAAAUUACAUUACUAUAGAACAAUAUGAUAUAUUAUUAGUACCUAUUAUGUAUACUUCGAAAAAAUUUAAAUCUCAAGUGACUUGAACUUAUGUUUAAAAUGAUUUAUACUUCGGUACAAUUUGGAUACAUUUUUAAUAAUGCCUGGGCAUAAAUUAUUAUUAAUAAAUACUUAUAACCUUAGUACUGAAGAAGGGAUCAAUACUAUCUACACCUACACAAUGAAUAAACACCUUGAAAAUUAUAUAGUUCUAUUAACUCGAUAAAAAAUAUUUAUGAACUUACAGCAAUUUACUAUUUCACUAUUUUAUAUAUUUACAGGGUACUAAAGUGUGUGAUAUUGGAGACGAUGUUAAAGAAACUUUAAGAAAAUUUCGGUUUCGUAAAGCAACAACAAAUGCUGCACUUAUAAGUAACUAAUACUAACUAACAUCUAUAUUUGUUUAAAAUUGAAUUAUUUGUGUUGUAUUUAAAUAGUGAAAGUAGAUAGAGAAAAACAGCAAGUUUGUGUCGACGAAAUGUUAGAUGAUGUUACCCUUGAAGAAUUAAGAGAAAUUUUACCUGGUCAUCAGCCACGUUAUGUUAUUUAUUGCUGUAAGAUGGAACAUGGAGAUGGACGUGUGUCAUUUCCAAUGUGUUUUAUUUACUUCACUCCUAGAGGUUUUGUUUAUUAAUAAUGUAUCCCAUUACAUAUAUUAAUUUGAAUAAUAUUUUUUUAGAUAGCCAUAUGGAAUUACAAAUAAUGUAUGCAGGUACGAAAAUGGCAUUACAACGUGAAGCCAAUUUAACCAGGGUAUAUGAAGUAAGAGAAUUGGACGAAAUGACAGAUGAGUGGCUGCAAGACUGUGUGAUGGGAAAGUAAUAUUUUAAAAUCUAUUUUUAAAAUACUUACCAUGACCCUUGUAUACGAUUAAAAAAACCAUCAUUAGAAAUUAUUUCCUAACUUAUACAAGUCCAUAUUUUAUUUAGUAACACACACUUUCCGUAGUUAAAAUAGAUUUAUUAUUUUUAUUGUUAACUUGCCACCAAAUAUUUUAUGUAUUCAAUUUUUCACUACCAUUUUAUUUGUUUUUAUAAUUAUUUGACACUAAUAGUAAAGCCCUCUUGACCAUUCCUUUUAACUUUGUAAGUGUGUGUGCCAUCUUAAAUUAUUUUUUUAUAAUAACACGAUAAUUAAAAUUAUCUUACCCAAAAUUGAACUGUACACAUUUUUUUAUACAUGAAUUAAUAACAUAAGUUUUUAAAUUUGUGAAUUAUUUUUAUAAUUGAUAUAUGUAUGCAUAAGGUGAAAAUUGCAUACAUUAUAAAAAGAAACUUAGACCAUUGAGAAUAACUAAGUGAUUCUAUAUUUUAGAAGACAUAUAAUAUUAUUUAAUGUUAUAUUAAUUUAUGUUUAUAGAUACUAUAUAUAAUAAUUUAAAUAUGAU